AUAACCUAUAUAAUAUUUAAUAAACCCUCUUCUUAGUAAGUUAUCAUCUUCCAAUACAUUUCAAUAAAAAAAUGUGUGUGGCACUAAAAUAUAUUGUUGAUAUGUACGAAAAAGAAUUGUAUUCCAACGUAAUAAAAACAAUUGAUAUGGCUUUAUUAUCAUCCGAUCAGAAAUUAGAGUCAACUCCAAUCACAAAACUUCAAGUAUACUUAUACUAUGGCGACUCGCAUUAUCAACUACAACAGUAUUUACAAGCCGAAGAAGCUUAUACUCAAGCGUUACAAUUGAGAAUGUUUCUAAUGAAAUCCAAGUCAAACGGAAAAUUAAAUGAAAGUCACCAAGAAAUUCCUAAUGAUGUCGAUAUAAAAUAUAAAAUGCAUUUGUGUUAUGUAUACUUGAAAAAGACGAAAAAGUCUCUUGAAAUCUUACAAAGUAUUCCAAAUAAAUCCAGGGAUGCCAAAAUAAACAUGGCUUUAGGAAAUUUAUACAGAGAUGGUGGAUGUGAAAAAUCAGCCAUCAGUUAUUAUAAGGAAGUUUUAAAAGAAAAUCCUUACGCAAUUGAAGUAGCUGAAAAUUUAUUGAAGCUGGGUGUCAAAGGUACAGAUGUAAAUUCUUUAAUGUUAGAAGUAACUUCAGAACCUAGUUGGUUAAAUCUAUGGUUAAGAGGUCAAGCCCAAAUGUAUUCGCAAGAUUACAACAGCGCAAUUGCAACGUUUAAAAGUCUGGAAAUUCAAAAUCUUCUCAAAGACAACAGUUCCUUAUUAGUUACUAUUGCUUAUUGUUAUGUUUAUCUUUGUGAUAACAAAUCCGCGUUACAAUAUCUUCAACGGGCGAUUAGAUCCGAUCCAAAUAUGCGUUACGGACGGGAUUUAUACGCCUCUUUAUUGGCGCGAUCAACAGAAAAAGAACAUUUACAAGAACUUGAAAGACUUGUAAACAAUGUCGAUUUAAACGUUAACUUAUGGACUGCAGAAUAUUGGGUAGUGAUGGGUUACUGUAUUUUUGUACAUAAAAAAUUUGUGAGGGCGUGCAAUUUUGGGCAAAAAGCUUGUUCUUUAAAUAGUCGAUGUGUGGAAGCGUUACUACUUAAAGCUUACACUUUAUUUGAGGUUAAUAAGUUAUCCGAAGCUUUAACUCAUUUUAAAGAAGCUAAAACCAUUGCUCCAACAAGGUUAGAACCAUAUAAGGGAAUUAUUGAUUGUUAUUUGGGAUUAUCACGUCCACGAGAUGCUGUUAAUGUUGCUAUUCAUGCUUGUAGAGAAUUAAAAAAUAGUCCUCAAUCAUUAACUUUAUACGCUAAAAUUUUACAAAAAAAUCCAAAUAUGACAUCAAUGAGAGUUCGAGAUCUUUUGGAUAAAGCGUUAAAUAAAGAUCCAACUUAUCAUCCAGCAGUAUGGUUAUUAGCGGAACAUUUAGAACAAGAGCAACGACACGAAGAAGCGUGUAGUGUAUUAACGGCUCAUGUUGCUGAAUAUCCAUCGUCAAGAACACAUCAAAUGCUUGCGGAUUGCUUUUUAAGGUUAUCAAAGGAAGACGAGGCUGUGUCGCAUUAUAGUGCCGCUAUAAGAUUGGAUCCGUGUAAUCAAAGGGCUUUAGAUGGAUUGAAUAGCAUAGGAAGAGGUGGCAAAUUAGACGCUAAUUAUUAUAUGUCCGUGGGUGGGGAAAGUUCUUAUACUCCAUCGCAAGGUCCGAGUGUUCCGAGCGAUCAAGAUUUAGAUGGCGAAAGCGAACCGGAUUUAUGGGCAAAUAAUGGUGAUUUCAUGAAUUAUGAUUAAAUAAUUAAUUUGUAUCAAAUUUUUUUUAACCUUACUUUUUAUGUAUGGGCGAAUAAUUUUUUUUCAGA